GAUUUGUAGGCGGAUUUGCAGGUACGCCCCGUCGGCUUGCAGCGACCCAGUGUCAGUGUGAGAAUUUUUUCCCUCCCCUUCUCUUUUUUUUGUAACCAAAGCUGGAUGUGUAGAACGUCACAUAUUGUUUCCCUCUUCACUCCGGUCACUUUAGCGAUAUGGGUUAUUUACUGUUAAACAGCUACAGACGCCGAACGCACAGCCGGCGCCUGGAGUGAAACAGUGUCUCUGAGAGAUACGGACUAUACAGAGUUUCUCUCCAGCCUUCGAUAAGUGAGGAUAUAACAACAGGUUAACGAAAGUGAGAUUUGUUUUUUUAAGGACGAUAGAAUGGCGAGUCCUCCAAAUACUGGGGGAGGACACUUGUUAUCCAACGCGAACAUUAGUAACACAAAGAUUAAGAAAUGUGGAUACCUCAAGAAGCAGAAGCACGGACACAAGCGCUUCUUCGUUCUGAAGGAGCCGGACGAGGGCUUCCCUGCCCGGCUGGAGUACUACGAGAGCGAGAAAAAAUGGAAAAACAAGUCAGCGGCAAAGAGGGUUAUACCUCUUGACUGCUGCCUCAAUAUCAACAAGAGAGCUGAUGCCAAACACAAACACCUUAUCGCCCUCUAUACCAAGGACGAAUAUUUUGCCGUGGCGGCAGAGAAUGAAAAAGAGCAGGAGAAUUGGUACCGAGUCUUAACGGAUUUAAUGAGCGAGGGGAAAGUGUACUCAGAUGGCUCCGCAUCCAAUUCCGCGUCCUCGCUGGUGGGGUUUGAUGAGGCGAACUACGGGAUGAUUACGCCGGUAACUGCCGCGUAUAAGGAGGUAUGGCAAGUGAACCUGAAAUCCAAAGGGCUAGGGCAGAGCCGGAAUCUGACCGGGGUGUACAGACUGUGUUUAUCCAGCCGGACUAUCAGCUUCGUAAAACUCAACUCGGAUGUCGCGUCCGUCAGUUUACAGCUGAUGAACAUUCGGAGAUGCGGGCACUCAGAAAGCUUUUUCUUCAUCGAGGUCGGCCGGUCAGCAGCCACGGGACCAGGCGAGCUGUGGAUGCAGGCUGACGACUCAGUGGUGGCGCAAAACAUCCACGAGACUAUCUUGGAGGCCAUGAAAGCCAUGAAGGAGCUGUCAGAGUUUCGGCCGCGCAGCAAGAGCCAGUCUUCAGGCACUAACCCCAUCUCCGUGCCCACCCGGCGGCACCUCAACAACCUUCCUCCAAGCCAGACCGGGCUCCAGCGGCGGUCGCGCACUGACAGCAUGGCCACAACUUCCCCGGUUAGUAAAUUUACCUCCUGCCGGAUACGCACUGCCAGCGAGGGAGAAGGCACCAUGGCGCGCCCCAUGUCUGUGAACGGGAGUCCCCUCAGCCCCGGUAUUCAACCGAACCUAUUAGGGAGAUCAAACACCAUUACAGCCCGGCCCUGUCGGACAUUUGAAUCCUCCUCCCUCCAGCACAGUAAGUCCAUGUCCAUGCCUCUGUCCCACUCUCCACCCACAGCCACCCCCAGCCCUGUCAGCCUGUCCUCCUGCUCAGAGAGCAGCGCUCCUUGCCCCUCCAGCUGCAGUGCCUCGGUCUCCCCCAGUGAUGGGGGCUUCAUCUCCUGUGAUGAGUAUGGCUCCAGCCCUGCAGGCCUGCACCUCACCCUCCGCAGUAACACCCCAGAGUCCCUGAGGGAAGACACACCCCCCUCCCGGGAAGGCAGCAGCCUGCACGGCUACAUGGUGAUGGAGAGACAGAACCAGAACGGUUACCGCCGGUUACCAGAGCUGGACAAGGCAUACCGGAAACGCACAUACUCCCUCACCACCCCGCGCCAGCACAUGGCACCGCCCCAGGUCUCCUCUGCCUCAUUGGACGACUACACGCUCAUGAGGGCCUACACCAGUGGUGGCCAAUCGGGUCGCAGCUCUCACAUGGCUUCCCAAAAAGUGACCUAUCCCGAGGACUAUGGCGAUGUCCAGAUAGGCUCCAACGGUCACCUAGGCUACAUGCCCAUGACUCCGGGCGUGGCCCCUCAGACAGGGGGGGUCAAAGGUAAUGCUUACAUGCCCAUGAGCCCCAUGUGUGUGUCGGCCCCAAAGCAGAUCAUCAACCCCCGCUCUCACCCCUCUCCAGCUGGGAUGGGUCCCCAUACAGAUUCCCCUGGCAGUGUGUCUCUGGAGGACAGCGGCUACAUGAGGAUGUUCUGUGGGGCCAAGAUGUCUGUGGACAGCUCAGAUGAGAAACUCACCAAUGGGGAGUACCUCAACAUGUCCCCUGUGGAGGUGUCCUUCACCCCCCCAGACUACUUCCUCACAGACACUACCCCCCAGCCUCACCCUCACCACAGACAGCCUUACUCCAUCAGUUCCCUAACCCGCUCUCUCAAAGCUCAGCCCCAGAGGAACGGUGUCACAGACACGGAUCAGUACGUGGUGAUGAGUCUACAGAGGCAGAGGAUAGAAGAGGAGUCCAACUACUGUCCCAUCUCACCAGUCUCUAUCGGUACGCCCCCCACCAACACCCUCUCCUCAGCCCCCUCGAUCCUCAGAGCCAGCAGGGUGACCCAGGAGGGGGGUCUGGUCCACAGGGGGAGGGUGAGUCGGCCUACCCGGCUGGCCCUGGACUCUCUGAGGACACUGCCCUGUAUGAGCGAACACCCUCUCCCCUCUGAGCCCAGGAGUCCCGGGGAGUACAUCAACAUAGACUUUGGCAACGCCACACGAUACCCGCCUGUCUCUACCAUGACUGAAAGCUCUGCUUCAUCGCUGGGCUCGGUGGACGAGCCGGCGAGGAGUUCCCCGCCACUCUCCGAAUACGUCAACAUCAACAUCAGCUCAUGCUCUUCCAAACACAGGGAUUCCCCUUCUUCAAUAGGGCGCAUGGAGCCGAGUCCUGUGCUCCUCGUGUGUCCCAGCCAGCCUCACAGAGAGGACCAGAGGGAGAGAGAGGAGGGGGAGGAGGAGGAGAGAGAGGAGGGGAAGGAGGAGGAGAGAGAGGAGAAGGAGGAGAGAGUCAUACUGGAAUAUCCUCUCCAAAAGCAUGUGAGCCCUGUGUGCCCGGUUGGCGCUGUAAAAGACGACUACACUGAGAUGACCUUCAGUCCUACCAACCCCUCUGCCUCUCUCCCUGCCUCUCUGUGCCCCUCUGACUCCACCACCCCCCUGCCUACCAGCCCCUCGUCCUGCAUCCAGAGACUCACCCUGGGGGGAGAGGGCAUAGUGGUGGUCCCCCCUGUCCCUGUGGAGUCCUUCCUCCUGGGGGGUCCCUCCAUCCCCCCCGUCAACCCAGACAGGGGGGCUAAGGUGAUCCGGGCUGACCCCCAGGGUCGCAGGCGCCACAGCUCCGAGACCUUCUCCUCCACAACCACGGUAACGCCAGUGUCUCCAUCGUUUGCCCACGAUGCCAACAUGCGGCACAGCUCGGCAUCGGUGGAAAACGUGUCGCGGCUGGUCCGGAGCUCGGAGGGCUCAGACGAGGAGUAUGGGAACAGCAACAGCCCCAUGUGCCGGGAGACGUCGGCAGGCUACCAAAACGGACUCAACUACAUUGCCUUAAACCUGAUGGAAGGGAGCCUGGGGGGCUGCAGCAGUCUGGGGGGCUGUGAGGGACUGCUGAGGUUCAAGGCAGCGUGUGGAUGCAAGGGGGGCAUGAACGGUUUCAACGCCAGCCCCUAUGCCACCAUGGGCUUCAAGGAGACUGCAACAGCAGUGAAAGACUGAAAUCUGAUGGGACCACCCCCCCUCCUAUUAUCCCUGUUCCUCUCUCUCUCUCUCUCUCUCUCUCUCUCUCUCUCUCUCUCUCUCUCUCUCUCUCUCUCUCUCUCUCUCUCUCUCUCUCUCUGUCUCUCUGUCUCUCUGUCUCUCUGUCUCUCUGUCUCUCUCUCUCUCUCUCUCUCUCUCUCUCUCUCUCUCUCUCUCUCUCUCUCUCUCUCUCUCCUGGCUGUGAAAGAUGGAUAACGCUGCAGCCUGGUGACGAGGUCGCCACGCCGACAGCUGGACCAUGUGCUGCAGUAGACAAACUUUAACCUCCACCAUCCCCUCCCCUAGGGGUCAACAGGGCCGCCGUCAUCACGACAAUGUGGACACUUGACCCCCUCUCCCCCAAGUCUCCUAUCUUCACUCCCCCCUCGCGGCACCCAGACAUUGAGGGGCCGUCGCUGCUGCUAUCUAGACAAAUAAAAAGAAUGUUUCUUCAAAGAUUAUCUAUGUACAUUCAAAGUUACUUCUGCAACAUUAUAUUAUUACUAAUACUAUUAUUAUCAUUAUCAUUAUUGUUAUUGUUAUUAUUAUUCCACUGGUUACCGUUUGGCUUUGCCUGACAGGGCCAGUUAACCUCACCUUGAACCAAACCUCAAGAUAUGCGAAACACACGUUAUACAUACUUACACAUGUUUAUUUAUUUAUAUGUGUGCACUUAGUGGUGCAUGUGUGUGUGUGGAUGUGUACACUGAAUUUGUACUGAAGAGAGGUGGCAUUUUACGAAUAUAUUCAACAACGUAGUGAGUUAGCAGUUGCUUAAAACCCCUACCUCAGAGCAAACCAGGUUAGUACUUAUUUACACACCAGAAAUAUAUAUCGAGAUAUAUUUAUUUAUUUUCAGAGGUGAAUGUUUUUAUGAACACCAAUCCAAAGCCUUACUACUCUCCUGUCCGCAGUUUCUGACGGACGUUUAGUUUGGACCUAUAAACACACAGAAAAUCAAAGACUUAAAUCCAUUGCCAUGGAGACGGAAUGUUUGUCUGAGCAGCUGGAGAGGCAGAAAUGUCUGUCUGACCUCUUUCCCUCUGCAAUCAAAGAUUAUUGAGAUUAUUACAGUUCGUUGACAUAUAGUUACUAUAUAUUAAUAUGCCAUAGUAAUAUAUUUAUCAUUGCGUACAAAGCUGACGAGAAGAAGCUGUUCGUCAUUAUUCAACACUUUAGUUAAAGCCAGGAGAAUGGGAUCCAGGAGGAGUUUCCUGGAGUAGGACACACACAUCAUCAUAAUCAUACACACAUCCGCAUGUCCCAGUUUGACCUGGGCUGGUGGUCUGUUGUUAAUGCCUAGAACACCAUCAUUGAGACAAAGCCUUCAUAUACUUUAACAGAUUACCUAGUUCACUCACAACGACCCACCUGUGACACGUUAUUCUCACCUGAUGCCUCAGCACGGCGCCUGUGGUUAGCUGCGAUAGGCUAUUUGGCACAGAGGUGUGCUGUGAUUGGGCUGUUGGGCAGACUCAUGACUGGUUUUCAGAGAGGUUUUGACAUGCUUGAAGCCAUGGCUGCAGCUUUGGGCUGUGAGACAGUAAGUAAAGAGGAGACACAGCAGAGCUAAUGCUGCACGGUCUUGCACUUACAAACUGCCUAGAUUGUAAACACAAGACACUUGAAUGUAGUCUAUUCCAUGUUCUCCUCAUGGGGAACGUAACCACCUUGACAACGAGAAGAAAUACCACAACAAUAAUAUCUACUACAACUGCUACAACCUGCAGAAUAAGACAAAAGAAACAGGCAGAAACGUAAUGAACACAAAACGGAGUAAGGACGAAGAGUGUCGCUUACUUUGUCAGUUCAUUGGUACUCAACGUUCGCCUAUAUACUGUAAAAAUGUAUAAAUACAGAGAAUACAAUUGAGCGCAAGCUGAACCUUUUGUUUGAGAGAAAUUUUAAGUUAAAGAUGAUAAAUUAUGUUUGUACUGUUUAUGUGUUUGGAAUGAAUUCCCAGAAACAAUGAAAGCACUAAUUAUUAAGUUAUAUACAAGCAGCAAUGUUUGGCCUGGAUUUUAAAAUUAUUAUUACAGGAUGGUCUUGUGAAAUGAUUGCCUCUACAAGGACAUUUUCUAAUGCUGUAAUUCCGAGAAAUACUUUAAGAGAACAAAUGAUUCAUUAAUACUUGACAUACAAGUUUAUUCUUGCUACUUAGGUACAUUUCACGAAUGGCACAUGCAAUAUUUACAUUUUUAAGAAAUGUGUUUAUAGAGAGGUACCAAAUGUAUAAUAAUAUGUUAAUAAUGUUUGUUAAACCUUAAAAUAUAUAAUUUUUUUGCUCUUUGUAAUUUUUUUCUGCCAAUUGAUAUAAUGGAAAGUGUUCUGUUUGUUUUUGCUAAUAGAGUGUAUUGGUGAUUUGACCAGUGUUUUUUUGCAUUUGGAUAGCGUUCCUGUUGGGUUUUUAUUUAGCGUCUAAACAUUAGGAUGAUAUGACGACCUAGCUUAACUUGCUGUGUCUUCCAUUGUAAAUACUUCAUAUCUCAUGACUUAUUGAGAUGCUACUAAGAGAUGAUCAUUUAAACCUAGUGUAGUUGCCAUGGCUUUGGACUGUAUUGAUUCUUUAUAGACACAUGCAAUAAAGAAUAACAUUGUUUAAGAAA